UUCAACAAAUUUGACAGAGAGGAUAGCCAAAGGCCUCUCUUCUCUCUCUAGAAUACAGCUAUAUAUGCGCAGGAACUCAAUCGCACACAACGCAGGCAUAUAUAUCAACACCAUCGUUGCCCAUUUUCGGUUGUGAUAACGAUAUCUCUCUGUUUUCUUCUCUCUCACAUCAACAUCAACAUACUAUAAAUAUAGGAGUAAAAUCGUUGGGAAUUCUAACAAAGACUGAAUUUUGGUAAAACAAAAGCGGGAAGGAAAAGAAGGGGGCACUUCAGCCUUCUCCAUUUGAAGCCUCUCAGAUCUUGAAUUCGAUAUUCUCCUAUUUGUUUGGGCUUCUGGAUUCUUGGGGGUGCUGUUAGUUUCGAUCUGUCGAGGAUCAGAUGCUCGCUUGUUGAAUAAGAAUUUAUUGUUUUCAGUAGCAAAAUCUCCUGCUUUCAGUUUGAGUUUUCUCUUGGAGGUAUUGUCAUCUUUAUUCACUCUACAUUGCUGCGUUUCGUAAUCAUAGAAUUCUGUUGUUGUGAAUUGUGAUGCCUGAUUGUUCAUUCAAUACGCUUUGUUGAAUAUUGGAAUUGAAUUGUGAUAUGAAGUAGUUUAGUGAUCUGGAUUGCUUCCUGUUGGAUCUCUUGCUUACACUUACCUUUACGAAUUGGCCCUAUUCGAUUCUUAUUGAUCGUUGUGGAAAUAUGGAGGCUUUAUAGUUGUUGAUGUGGACAGUUACUUUGUGUUUGAUCGUUUUGAUUGGCAGAGAAUGGAAAUGGAUGCUGGGAAGCUGUUUAUUGGUGGGAUUCCGUGGGACACGAGCGAGGACCGUCUGAGACAAUAUUUCCAAGCUUUUGGUGAAGUGGUGGAAGCUGUGAUAAUGAAGGAUCGUGCUACAGGCCGUGCUCGUGGCUUUGGUUUCAUUGUUUUCGCCGAUGCUUCUGUUGCUGAAAAAGUUGUGAAAGAAAAACAUGUCAUAGAUGGCAGAACCGUGGAAGCAAAGAAAGCUGUUCCGAGGGAUGAUCACCAGAACUUCAAUAGAAACAGUGGGAGCAUCCAAGGAUCCCCUAGUCAUGUCCGCACAAAGAAGAUUUUUGUGGGAGGUUUACCAUCUACUAUCACAGAAAGUGACUUCAAGAAGUAUUUUGAUCAAUUUGGAACAAUAACUGAUGUUGUUGUGAUGUAUGAUCACAAUACACAAAGGCCUAGAGGCUUUGGUUUUAUAACUUAUGAUUCAGAAGAAGCAGUUGAUAAAGUUCUAUUCAAAACCUUUCAUGAGCUUUGUGGGAAAAUGGUUGAGGUUAAGAGAGCUGUUCCCAAAGAGUUAUCUCCAGGACCAACGCGAUGCCCUUCCCCUGGCUAUAACUAUGGCCUGAGUAGAGCAAGCAGUUUCCUUAAUGCUUAUUCGCCUGGAUAUAAUCCAAAUUCUACAAGUGGCUAUGGAAUGAGAAUGGAUGGUCGCUUUAGUCCUGUAACUGCUGGUCGAAGUGGAUAUCCUCCUUACAGCCCCAGUAACCAUAACUUUGGACUGACUUUGGAUUCUGGACUCGGUUUGAACCAUGGGGUGAGUAGGGAUUCUGGUUUGGGCUAUGGAAAUGGGAUGAAUUCUUAUUUUAGUGGAGACUUUAGUCGAUAUGGUAGUUCAAAUGGAUAUGACUUGGGCAGUGCUGGAACUGGUUCUUUUAUGAGCAGUACGAACCGGAACAUGUGGGGAAAUGGUAGUCCUAAUUUUGUCACAAACUCAGCAACUUCUAAUGAUUUUAUUGGAACUCGAACUGGAAAUGCUGGGAUAGGUAGUGGUUUUGGAAGUAUAGGAGAGAUUUGGGGCCGUUCACCUGUUUCUGCUAAAAGCACAGAAGCUGGCUCUGUAAGCCGAGAAAACAUUGCUUAUGACCAUGGGGACAAUAGCUUUGUUGACAGAGCAAGUUAUACCAGAGAAAAUGGAGGCAUUGCUGGCUCCGCAUCUUUUUAUUCUACGCCAAAUAAUAUUUAUGACGAGAACUACAGGAACUUGUAUGGAGGCUCGUUUAAUGGGGAUGAGGCCUGGCGUUCUUCAUCUCAAGAGCUUGAGGGAUCUGCCUCGUAUGGUUAUGGGCGUGGGAGUGGCACUGCUGAGGCCGCAUCUGAAACUGCAGCUGGUUAUGCUGGUGGUUAUAAUGUUAGAUCAGAUAGAGGGAUCGCAGCCUAGGAAAUUUUACAUACGUGAAGAUUAUAUGUACAAGGUGAAGCAAAAUAUACGGAGGACCAUCAUGCUGGAGAUAUGGUUACUCAGAGAGUGCGUUCGAUAAAGGUGUACUUAUUCAAGUGAAUUGGUUACCAUGAGCAGUCAAGAAUAGUUUUCUGUAAGGUCUGAAACUGAGUUACUUUUUAUAGGUUUUGUUUCUUGUUUGUGAAUUGUUUGAAUGCAUCGCGCAUUUACAUUGACAUCUGCACACGGGGUCUUCUGCUCUAAGGUUAGUUAUGGUCGUUUCAGUAUCUUGCUGUCUGAAUACUCUUAUUUAACAUUCAUUUCAAGGAAAUUAAUUGUAUUAUGUUUACUUUAA